GUUUCGCCCGUAAUGUCAUCUCAUUCCGAACUUUUGAUGAAUCUUGAGAGUUGAUUUUAAUGAUUAACAGUUUUGUUUGCUCUGAUGUGCUCCGCAUGCUGCCGAAUUCUUCUCACCGGGAAAUGUCCGGUAUCUUUAAAUUAAAUUGUAAAUGGAUGUAUGAAAAAAAAACAGUUGGUUAUCUGAAAACUUACGCAAGAUAGUAAAAUGAUGCAAGAGAAAUCACGUUUGCUAAAGUUAUGUCAGAGAAUUUUUUUUAUAAAGUAAUGUAUAUGGUUGCUUGAAUGGUGAAAUUUACCAUCGUCUCCCCGUUUAAAGUAAUGUGGCAUUUGUACAAAACUCGAUCUGAUUACCGUCAUUAAUAUGAAUGAUCACACCAGUGUCGCUCAAUCAAUAGGCCUAUUCGGCCGCCUAGGGAAGCAUCUUCUGAUGGGGGAGCCGACUUAACAAACCGCCCCCAUCCCGCAACACCGUCGGAGACGCGGCGAAAUUUGUGUGUGUGUGUGUGUGUGUGUGUGUGUGUGGAGGGGGGCAGUACAUGCAUUUCGCCGGCCGAAGUAGGAAGAGAGCUGUGUAUGUGUGUGUGUGUGUGUGACUGUGUGUGCAUAGGCCCUCUGCUCCUUCAGGGGGCGCUGUCCCCCACAGCGCGAGGAGAACCGGCGCCCAGCCGACGUGCUGCUGGCCCUUUAACUGCGGAGCCUCUCUGAGGUCCGCGUGGCAACUGUGAGCACUCCAGAUCAGCUGGGCGGCUCGCGCUCGGUGGCUGUCACGCUUUGUCGGUCGGUGUAUUUCACCAAAGCCGCGCCAUUUAACCGUGUCGCUCGCAUCCUCACUUUUCAAGCCCCUGUUAAGGCCGAAUCUCUGCCAUAAAACCCGGCACCAUGACGGAAGACCUGGAGCGCAUUCUGUCCCAGCUGACGCAGGCCGACAGCGCCGCCAUCCAGCAGGCUACAGCUCAGCUGAAAAUGGCCUUCAGAGACCCAGCGGUAAUUCCAGCGCUGUGUGCAGUCAUGACCGGAUCACAGGAUCCCCAGAUUCGGCAGUCUGCUGCAGUGAUGCUGAGGAUGCGGGUGAAGAAACACUGGAAGAAGAUCAGUCCAGACCACAGAGAAAGCCUGAAGGCUGUGGUUCUGCAAGCAUUUCAGCAAGAGACAGAACACGUGGUCCGGCACUCGCUGUCCCAGCUCAGCGCUGUGCUGGUGAAGCACGAGACGCCUGACCGCUGGCCCGCAUUGCUGAACCUUCUCAACCAGUCCACCAAGAGCUCCAACCCCCAGGACAGACAGGUUGGCUUGCUGCUGCUCAGUAAAGUGGUGGACUCCAACCCGGAGGCCUUCAAGCCUCACUACCGGCAGCUUCUGCGGCUGUUUGACACAGUGCUGCAGGACCUGAGCAGCCCCACUGCCUUGUACUACUGCAUUCUCACCCUGACGGCCAUCACUGCCCACACCGGACAGGGGGAGCUGAACAUGAUGCGCUCCCUUGUUCCAAGGCUCUCAGUCGCCAUAAGACAUCUUGUCAAGGCAGAUCAGGAUCAGGCUAGUGAGGCAAUGGAAGUGUUUGACGAAAUGAUGGAGAGUGACAUUUCCGUCAUGGUUCCCCACGUCUCCGAUAUCGUCCGCUUCUGGCUAGAGAUUGCUGCAGAUGCAUCUCUCAGCGACUCCCUGCGAAUGAAGGCUUUGUCCUGCACUGCGUUCCUCAUCAGACUCAAGAGCAAGGUUAUUUUAAAGCAGAAGCUGCUGAGCCCUAUUUUGCAGACUGUGUUCCCGGUGCUGAGUGCGGCGCCCCCUCCUGGGCAGGAGGACCCCGAGGAUCAGGAGGAUGCAGAGAAUGGUGAAGAUGCUGAAAACCCCAAGCACUUGGCCGCUCAGGUCAUUGACACCCUUGCGAUGCACCUGCCUCCUGAGAAGCUCUUCCAGCAGCUGACACCCUUCAUGCAGGCCUGCCUGUCUAGUAAGAACCCCUAUGAGCAGAAGGCAGGCCUGAUGUGUCUGGCAGUGCUGGCCGAAGGCUGCGCAGACCACAUGCGCACAAGGAUGCUGCCUGCCGUGUUGCAGACUGUGUGUCAGAGUCUGUCGGACAGCAAUCAGCUGGUGCGCAGCGCUGGUCUCUUUGCUCUGGGACAGUUUUCCGAGCAUCUGCAGCCGGACGUCAGUAAAUACUGCGCUGAGUUGAUGCCGCUGUUGAUGGGAUACUUGUCGGGAUUGAACCAAGCCAAGACUGGACAUGUAACGAAGGCCUUUUAUGCCCUGGAGAACUUCUUGGAGAACCUGGGUGGUGAAAUCCAGCCAUACCUGCCCAGUCUUAUGGAGACCAUGUUGGGUGCUUUGAACAACUCGGAGAACCUGAAAAUUAAAGAACUGGCUGUCAGUGCUAUUGGAGCCAUCGCCAAUGCCGCAAAGGAGAUGCUGGUGCCAUACUUCCCCCCGGUGAUUGAGAGCCUGAAGGCUUCCCUCACGGACAUACGGGAGGAAGUGAGGUGUUUGCAGACCCAGGCUUUGGACACGCUGUCGGUACUGGCAGCCGGGUACUCACUCUUCUCCGCUGUAUCCACCGUCAGUCCGGAGAGUCUGACUCCUCACCUCAGCACCAUCACCUCCGUCAUGCUGCUGUCACUCAAGUCCACUGAGGGAGUCACGGCUCACCAAGACGAAGAAGCCCAGUUUGUCCUCCUUGAUGACGAUGAUGACGACGACAGUGGUGACGUAGUUUUGGAUGAGGAAGGAGAGAAGGAGGGAAAUGAGAGCGACAUUACUGGUUUCAGUGUGGAGAAUGCCUACAUUGAUGAGAAGGAGGAUGCCUGUGAUGCGCUGGGAGAACUCGCCCUUAACACUGGCACUGCCUUCCUCCCCUUCCUGGAGGUGACUUUCCAGCAGGUCUUUGAGAUGCGUGAUUUCCCCCAUGAGGAUGUGCGCAGGGCUGCCUUUGCGUCCAUGGGCCAGUUUUGCUGUGCACAGCACAAAGUGUGGCAGGGAAACCCCACGGAGGACAACCACCAAGCUCUGCAGAAGCUUCUGUCCACGGUGCUCCCGAGCUUCCUGGAGGCCGUGAGGCAGGAACAUGAGAGGCAGGUAGUGAUGGCCGUACUGGAGUCCAUGAACGGCGUGUUAAAGUCCUGCCAGGGGGAGGCGCUGCGGCCGGCUGGUAGGCUGGGCGAGAUCAGCCAGGUCAUCCGCAGUGUCCUCAAAAAGAAGACGGUCUGCCAAGAUGGAGGAGGUGAUGAAGCCGAUGAUGAGCAGCAGGCUGAGUUUGACGCCAUGCUGCAGGAGUUCGCGGGUGAAGGGAUCCCCCUCCUGGCCUCUGCUGUUCCUGCCGACACCUUCUACCCCUUUCUAAAUGAGCUGCUGCCCCUCAUCAUGAACAAGGCCAAAUCCUCCUGCACCGUGGCGGAGCGCUCCUUCGCCCAGGGCACGCUGGCCGAGAUCAUGCAGUCGCUGGCGGCCGUGUCUGGCGGCAGGCCGGUCGCUGGGCGUCUGUCAAACCGGCUGCUGCCGGUGAUGAUGGCUGGGGUGCGAGACAGUGACCCAGAGGUGCGCAACAACAGCGUCUUCGGCCUGGGCUCGCUUGCCAAGGCUGCUGGGCCGAUUAUCACAGAGAAUUACCCUACGCUGCUCUCCUUGUUCUCAUCUCUCCUGUCCAAAGAGUCGGACAGGAGGGUUAUUGAUAAUGUCUGCGGUGCCCUCUGCAGGAUGAUCACCAGCAACACACCGUGUGUGCCACUGGAACAGGUGUUUCCCGCUCUCCUUUCACACCUUCCUCUGAAAGUGGAUCUGGAGGAGAACCGGACCGUAUUCGACUGCAUGGCCUUCCUGUACUCCCAUAAUCCCUCACUGGUUGUGAGUCACAUUAAAGCUGUACUUUCUGCAUCCAGCCAUGUUAUAGGAACCAAAGACCUCGAUGCCGAUGGCCAGGACACAUUGCUACUGUUUCUAAGAAAAUUGGCUCAGCAUCAUUCGUGUGAAUUCCAGUGUGCAGUGAUGUCUCUUCCCAGUGAAAGGAAGGCGGCGCUCGUGGCACUGGUCACGCCAGUGUAGACUCAUCUUAGUCCAUUUCUUUUUGGUUAAACAUCAUCUACCCAGGGAGCUUCAGACUCACGGAAUUGUCCAACAGCCAGCCGCUCGCAGCCACCAGAGAUGUGCCUCAGCACUUCGUACGUCUCAUAACAUAAACUAAGAACGUAACAAACCAGGCUUGUGCACUUUCUAUUACACUGUCAUCUGCUGUCGCUGUCAGCUAGUUCCUUGCCAAAGGUACGGGGAGCGGAGCAGGAGACCAGGGGGACAGGUCAUGGUCGGUGUGUCAGGUGCCCUCAUUCACUCUCGUUUGAACGGGGGUCCGUCUUGUGAAUGGAUUCACCCACAAAGUCAAAUCCCGGCCCUUGGCCAGCCCUCCUGGCCGUGUGCAUCUCUGAGAGAGUCUCAGAACUGCGGCACUGCCUUAGUAAAGGUGUUACUUUGCAGUGGGGUUACCAAGGGCUCAGAUUUUGUAUUUAUAAAUAGCAGAGCUCACUAAGGAAAAGAUUCUUUUAAUUUUAACCUGCUUUGUAAGGUUAAAUGGGUUAGACCCUCUGCUCUCUAGCUAGAGAAGAGCCUCUGUGAUCUUGCAGGCUUCAGUGUGGUGUGACUCCAGCCCAUUCCGUAGCCUCCAGAGGUUCUGAGGAGCCUCAGAUGAGACUCUCUGGACAGCGGGCAGUAAGACACAUUUAUUUCCGCUUGCGUACAUAAUAUUCAGAUAAAUCAGUUAUUUAGGCUGUUUUUGUUACCCACACUUAAAUGGCUGUAAGUCCCUGAAUAAAUUCACACCACUUUA